AACCGUCACAAUUUGAAAUGACUGCGCUGUGUAGUUUGAAAGAAACUACGUUUGCGUCGAAUUUUACUUCACAAUUCAAUUUUUCUUGAAAAAUCAAACGUUUAUUUUGUGAGAUUAUGAAACAAUUCUUUACUAAAUGUGACGGAAGAAAAUGCCAAGAAUUUCCAAGAAACGCUUGAAUGAAAGUGCUACCUCAACUUAUGCGCCAGUAAAGGCUUCAAAUCUAAAAGCACCCUCUACAAAUCGGAGCAAAAAAUUGAAAACAAUAUUCAACAGACUCAAUGGUAUGGACAAAAAUCUAAUUUCACGCGAUGAAAUGAGCAGAAAGUUAUCGACUUCCUCAUCAACAGAUUCAGUCAUUUACGUUGGAAGUUAUAAGUUGAAUGACAAUUAUUCAUUGAUUGACCUGACAAAAAGUAUGGGUAGUAUCAGGAGUGCAGAAUCCUUUACAUCAUCAAGAUACACACAUGUCCCAAACUGCCAUAUGUUCUACACGAAUCUUGUUCAGCAAUGCAACUUGCCUUGUACAGCUUCCACUUCCCACUUAUUAGAUCCUAUUGAGGGCUCAAAACAUUCAUUACGAAAAAAUACCAAAUCUGCUAGUUGUUUGAUUGUAGUGAACGACAAAAAAAACAAUGUAUUCAGAAAUUCUGAUUUUUCCAAAGAAAUGUAUUCCCUCAACAAAAAAGAGAAGCUUUAUAUAGAUAAAAUUACGAAACUGGGGGAGGAAGAUCAAAAUAUUAUCAGGCACUCGUUAGAAAUUGAAGAGGAUAUAAAUAUAUUAGAGCUUUGCUCUCCACAACCUCUGCUGACCGAUGAUGUACCUAUUGAAACUCUGAUACAGACAUACCAUGUUGAUAUGACUGGUCAAUUCUCAUAAUAAUGUCACUUUUGGUGUUUGUUUAAAAAUUACAAGUGUUGUUUUAAUUGCUGAUCAGAGAAUUUAUUGUUGUGGUACAACGUAAAAUGUUAUAUCAAAUCUUUGUUAUGAAAUUUCAACGGAAAAUAAAAUUCACUCAGAAAUGUA